GGAAGGCGUUGCCCAGGCGACUGUUUACUUCCCGUCGUCCUUUUUGCGAACCACUACUCUCCUGCCAUCCCAUUUUCAACAAAGUGGGAGAAGACUCGACAGACAUUGCCACCUGGUCACUUGAGGCCAUCUCAACUACGUAUCUAUCUUCCGAAACAGUCCCCUACGAUCCGACAUUGAAUUUGUAUAUCCAUUUGGAAGUUUUCGUCUGAGCGCAUUCCUCUCAGCCCAGUCACAUUCCAUUCGAAGCCAUCAAAAUGACUUCAUACCAAUACCGCAAUUCCUACUACAACUCCCAGCCGGCACCCGCACAAGACAGUUACGAUAGUGGAAUGAAGAGAAGUUCGACAACUGGGCGGCGAGACACCCGAGGCACCAGAUCCAGUGACGGCACCGUGAGCACCAUGAUGAGCACCUCGACCGGGCGAGAAUCAUCAGCAACUCAGAUGACAGAGGGUCCUGCAUACUCCAAGAAGAUUGUCGUAGUUGGUGAUGGCGGGUGCGGGAAGACGUGCUUGUUGAUCAGCUACAGCCAAGGAUACUUCCCAGAGAAAUACGUCCCCACCGUUUUCGAGAACUACAUUACCUACCCGACCCACUCUCCCACUGGUAAGACCGUGGAGCUUGCUCUCUGGGAUACUGCUGGACAAGAGGAGUAUGACCGUCUGCGACCUCUCUCCUACCCCGAGACCGACCUGAUUUUCGUCUGCUUCGCAAUCGACUGCCCAAAUUCGCUGGAAAAUGUCAUGGACAAGUGGUAUCCCGAAGUCCUCCAUUUCUGCCCUUACACCCCGCUCGUUCUCCUCGGCUUGAAGUCGGACCUGCGCUACAAGAAGGCCUGUAUCGACAUGCUUAAGACCCAGGGCCUCACUCCAGUCACUACCGAGCAAGGCCUAGCUGUCGCAAAGAAGAUGGGCGCCCAGUACAUGGAAUGCAGCAGCAAGGAGAUGAAGGGCGUGGAGGAGAUCUUCGAGCAGGCCAUCCUGACCGUGGUCGCCAACGACAGGAAAAAUCUCGAGAUGCAGGCGGCAAGCAACUCGGGCGCUUCAGGCAGCGGCGGUGGACUCGGCGGCGUCGGCCCUCUAAAGAAGAAGAAGAGAAAGUGUAUCGCCCUCUGAUCCAGGACGAUCAAAGAGCGACCAACCCGGGAACCCGACUCGAUGUAAUGACGAUGGCGCACGACUUGAACGAUUUCCUUUCUGAUCAGGACCCGGGGUUGGGAUCGGAUUCCCCGGAUGUAGGUAGGGUAAGGGCUGGCUAGGGUGUCGAUUGUCGGAGUCUCUUCCCCAUUCCUGGCUCUCGUCCAAGACCGCCGACGCUCGGUGGCGGAGGAUUUCGGCGUUUCCAGAUAGGGUGCUACUUUUUUCUGCAUUCGGUUGCUGGAUAUCUGCCCAUGGCCCGGGGGCAACCAGGAGAGGCUCGUGGUCUGGACGAGGUGCUGUAUUCUUCACUUCUUCUAUGCACAGAUCUUUCUUUUGUAGGUAUCAUCAAUUUCUUUUUCACUCAUCAAGCAAUGGGAUAGGACAUAAACGAUCAUCAUGUUAUAAAAAAGACCCCUGGUAUGCCAC